CUGCCUGCCGGCCGGCUGCGCCAUCCAAUCCAACCACCCGCCGCCCUCUGAUUCAGGAUCCUCCAAAUCCACUCCAGCCACAAAUCCUCGCCGCCGCCCGGACCCAGCCGACGAGAUGCCGCCGCCGCCUCCUUCCAGCUCCACCCCCCGCCUCGCGCUGCCCGCCAUGACCCGGUCCCAGGCGGACCCCGACCUCCCAUCGCUCAUCUCCGACCUCACCUCCCUGCUCCUCCACUUCCCCGCCGCAUAUUCCGGCGCCGCCGCCCCCGUCUUCUCCUCUUCCUCCCUCUCCAUUCCCGCUCCCGCCGCGCCCAAGCCCAAGCCCAAUCCCGCGCCCGCCGCAGCAGCCCCCACCCCUCUCGCGCGCGCCGCCAUCGGGGCCUGCGCGGGCGCCGCCGCGGGGGCCUUCACCUACGCCGCGCUGCUCCCCAUCGACGCCGUCAAGACCCGCCUCCAGGCCGCCGCCGCGCCCUCCGCCACCGCCUGGCAGGUCUUCCUCGACAUCCUCCGCACCGACGGGCCCCUCGGCCUCUACCGCGGCCUCUCCGCCGUCAUCCUCGGCUCCGCCUCCUCCUCCGCCGUCUACUUCGGCACCUGCGAGCUCGCCAAGUCGCUGCUCCGCCCCCACCUCCCGCCCUUCCUCGUGCCCCCGCUCGCCGGCGCCAGCGGCAACAUCUCCUCCUCCGCCAUCAUGGUCCCCAAGGAGCUCAUCACGCAGCGCCUCCAGUCCGGCGCCGCCACAGGCCACUCCUGGCAGGUGCUCCUCCGCAUCAUCCACACCGACGGCUUCCUCGGCCUCUACGCGGGAUACGCCGCCACGCUCCUCCGCAACCUCCCCACCGGGGUGCUCAGCUACUCCUCCUUCGAGUACCUCAAGUCGUUCAUCCUCAAGAGUCGCGACAAGGAGAGCCUCACGCCAGGGGACAGCGUGCUCUGCGGCGCUCUCGCGGGGGCCAUAUCCGCUGCGCUCACCACCCCGCUGGACGUCGUCAAGACGCGCCUCAUGACCAGGGUGGGAACGGAGGGCAGCCGCACCAUUCUGGGGACGAUGAGGGAGGUGGUCGUGGAGGAGGGGCUCAUGGGCCUGUCCCGUGGCAUUGGCCCCAGGGUGCUGCACAGCGCCUGCUUCGCGGCGCUAGGCUACUGUGCCUUUGAGACAGCAAGGCUUGCCAUUCUGCAGUGGUAUCUCCUUCAAGGUUGCCAAAGGAAGGCUGCAGCGCAGCCACAGAUGGAGCCUCGAGUUGCUGCUGCUGCCGCUGCCACUUGAAUUUGCCGUCUCUUCCUUCAUUCCUUGAGGGAAGGUAACUGUUGCUGGUGCUCAGACCUCGGCUGCAUGUAUUGAAGGAGUCCGAUAGCUUAUACAUUCUGAAGCCUGGAUAUAUAUUGCAUGAUGGUAUGGUCCUGAUGUUGGGUGACCAACAAGUGAAGCAGAUGAUGACUGCAUGCAACUUGAUAACUGACCAGAGGAGACAAGGAUGGUGAAGAGGGGAUGUGCAGGAGGAAGAAAGCCGGCAUGACGGCAAUGGUGGCCAUGGUUGGAGUGGGAGCGCAAGUGCAGCGAGCAACCGCCGCUACUGGGAAACGAUGAGAGACACUACAGACAAAUAUGGGAAUGGACUGACUCUGAGGAGGAAAUGGGCCUUCAAGCCCACUAUAUCCAACCCAAUAAGCCGAAUGUCGUUGUUGUUUCAAAAGAGCUACAGCUCCUCAUGUAAUUUAAUGUAACCGCGUGGUUUGUUGCAGAUUACAAUGGCAAUUGCAAGAGAAGUUGCUUCUAUCACCAAGCUAGGUGUAGAGGUGUAUCCUUUCUACUACCCUUCAUUUCUUUCUUAAUUGAAUAUACCUGUUAUCAAGAUUUAGAAUUAGUGAAGUAAAAUGUGCAUAGGUAUGCUUGAUAGUAUUCAUUAAUUUAAUGGUUAGAUUCAGUUGCAUUGAAAGCAUCUUGUAUUGUCUUGUUCUUCUCUAUUAUAAUUAUAUGCUGUGCAUUCAAAAUGUUCCCUUGCAGGUUGCUAUUCUUGUUGGUGGGGGCAAUAUCUUCUGUGGGGCCUCUUGGGCUGGAUGUAGUGGGCUUGACCGCUCAUCUGCGGAUUGCAUCGGCAUGUUGGCCACUGUGAUGAAUUCUAUAUUUCUUCAAGCAACAAUGGGGAGCAUUGGAAUACCAACCCGUGUGCAAACUGCAUUCCGUAUGUCAGAGGUUGCAGAACCAUACAUCCGCCGAAGAGCAGUCAAACAUUUAGAGAAAGGAAGGGUUGUUAUAUUUGCUGCUGGGCCUGGGAGCCCGCAGCCCUUCGAUGUGCAGAAAUCAAUGCAGAGGUAGUGCUUAAAGUGACUAAUGUUGAUGGUCUGUACGACGCGGACCCCAGGCAUAAUCCCAAUGCUCGUCUUCUUGAGACUGUGAGCUAUCAUGAAGUGACAGCAAGAGAUCUCUCAGUAAUGGACAUGACUGCCAUCACAUUAUGCCAGGAAAACAACAUUUCCCUUGUUGUGUUUAACUUGCAAAGCCUGGAAACGGCUAUUGUUGAUUUGUUGGUAAGAAGGUUGUUACCUUUAUUGGCUGCACAAGAAAUCAGGAACAGAAUGGGAACACACUGCGUGGAGAAA